CGACGUGUUAGGCCACCUUUGGGCGCUGGACCGCUGAGCUCUGGGCCGUUACCGCGCGAAACCCUUUUCCUUUUACCACCACCACGACCAGCGAUGCCCAUCCCAUCGACGACUCCGCUACGACACAAGCGAGCGGUGAGCCCCUCGACGGUGACACCAAUACGCACACCGUCAUCGCGCAGCACCUCGCAUUAUAGCACUUAUACCCCGACAAUCACGUCCGCAGGGACUGCCACCAGGCUGAACAUCGUCACCAGAGUUGCUCUGGAGGGCAAAGCGAAACACGGAGACGAUGGGGCGUCUAUUAAAAUGUACUUGAAACUAGCAGUUCCGCUGGACUCUGUAACGCCAGGCACUACAGUUCCACUUUUCCCGGAGGAAAAUGUGAAGAUUUUGUCUUCACAAGUACACCCGUUGGACAACAACUCUCGUCCUUACAACUUCUUAAGUACUGUUUCUCCAUUGCUCCAUCGGGCUGCGAAAGCUUUGAACUUGCCGGCGCGUACCUCGGAAACAUUCACCUCGGCCUUCGGUAUCCCCCAGUCCCAGGCCACAGCAUCCUCUAGCCGCAUAUCGAAGCCUGAAAGCAAUUCAGAGAUGAUAUCCCCGGUGGACGAACAGCAUAGCGGUCAUAUCCUAGUGUCGGGGUACAGCAUUUCUUACGUGCUACCAAAAGUGUUCCCUACCCAAUCGCACGAGUAUCAGGAUGAAGUCUAUUCCCGUCCCAGGUCACGUCGUUUGUCUAUUAGCGAACGUAACACCGCCCAAUUCAUGGCCGCAAUUGAUAUGUGGGUUCCCUACGUAUCGAGGCCACCCCGGUCACCUUACUUGUUGUCGAUCCCCACUCCUCGCUGUCUACACAAUCAUAUCAAGUUGCGCAUCUUCCCCCCGAAUCCAGCAUCAAAUUUUUUUGUAUCCUUAUCCUCCAUUGACGACGAAGUCGGAUCUUGGGACUUGACUGCUGAUCCACACGUAACGCGGAGCUCGUCAGGUCGAAUUGCAAGAUCCCAUUCUUACAACAACUUUGCGGAUGAUGAAUCAAGUGACUCCUCCACCGCCGGGUUUUCAGAAGGCUGUGGCAUCCAAGGUACCUUCCCCAGCGCCGAGAGGAUUAGAAUCCGAUGGGCUAAGCCUCAGAAAUCGCUAAACGUCGGCGAGGGAGGGAGGGACGGGCGCCGUCGUGUUGGGGUCAAGAGCGUCAAAGGAGAGAUGACUUGUGUCGUCCGAGGGCGAGCAAGGCCUACGGAGCUUCGCCAGCCUGAAGGAAUCCUGAUGGACGUUGAGUACAAGGGCACAUGCACCGGGGUUUGGUUUCCUGGAGUCGCUACCCUGCUUGGUAUGGAUGUUGGCUUAGAGGCCAAAGGCUCCGAAAUUUCGUGGGCUGAGGGUCAUCCAACCCAAUGGACUGUUAGCGGAGGAAAUGGCUACACGGGCUUCGAUGCAGGGUAUUCGACCACAGACCCUGUGCAACCAGCUUCCCGAACUUCGUCUUUCGAGUCGAACUCCUCCAGGGGGCAACUUGGAGGAGAAGAUUUGACAGGUUCCAACGGCUUCCUUAAUCCACCUUCGCGUUCCAGCUCAACAUCCUCAAGUUCGUCGCUACUCCGGGCCCCUUUACCCACUACUAAUGUGGCCGAAUACUCCUUCGAGGGCUCGUCCUCGUCCCUGGGGUCGAAUCCGGCAUCCCCUGGAGCAUUGUCAUCUAUCCCUUCUCUAUCUGUAUCUGUUCCUGAUAUGCUUCCAUCGUCACCUCCGCCCCCUGGUCUUCCCAUAACACUUCAUCUCAAUAUCAACGACCUACUCCCUCCUGCGAAAAACGUGUUUACGUUCACGAUUUCCGGAACUAUUGUGGUGACUCCUAAGACACCACUAUCGCGACUCAAUGGCACGGUUAAUGGCAGCGACUCGGAAAAACCGGACCCAACCAUGUUACCAAAGUUCACCAUCCUGGCUGCUGACUCGGAAGCCACUACGACUGUACUUCACCACCAAGUAGAAGCCCCAAAUGCAGUCAUCGAAGUGUAUCGACCUACAGGCGACAUUUAUCGAGACGCACAAGCGAAGAAGACUGUUUUGCGCCAUGGAGGUUCCACAAAGUGCGGAGAGGACGGUGGACGUAUCGUGCUCAGGAUCCAUGACCCUUUCAAGCAAGACAACGGGUCUGUUGUCGUCCCGUCGGAAAGCGUGCCCAGUCAACCCCUUGGGCAUAUCCACCGACACUCCCGAACCUCCAGUGUGGCUUCGACUCAAGAUACCUCGGAACCAUUGGAAAUCCCGUUGGUCCUGGCUAACGUUUGUCCAUUGGCCAAGACAGGAUCUUCCCAACCUUCCUGCUAUGGAGUUACCCUACGGUUGCCCAUCCCCAUCUCAACCUCGGAGUGGUUGGAGUUUGGGUUCCUUUCCGACCGCGAGAAAAAAUCCACAGUCACAAAUGACCAGAAAAUUAAAAUCUCCGUGGUGUCUGCAACGGUUGAAGGUAUCCCGGUUAAAUUCGAGACAAAUAAUUCGACAAAGGCGGAAACCGAGUGUGCAGAUUUCGAGUUUAUGGUGGGUAGGGAGUGGCUUAGUUGGGUAAAGGUCGAUGCAGAGUUGAACCAAGGCGGCGAGCUCGUCCUUGAAUAUCUGGUUGAGCCGACGGACAAGGGGAAAUCAGUCGUGUCGAACGGCACCUUGGACGUUUUGUUGCCGACCUUCCCCGUCCCGAUUCGCAAAUUUGAGGUCGACGUCGUUUCAGGAUGUAAAUUUACGAUAUCGAGUACCAAUCUGGAACGCGAAGUCGUAUGUGCCGGCGAGACGCGACUCGUACACUACUACCUCAAGGAGUUCUUCUGCCCCCGCCUUGGCCUCAAGCGUAAAGCAGAACCUUGGAAGAGCGACUUGAAAUGGUUCAUCAUAACUUGGCUCUUGCUCGGGGUCGUGAUUCUGAGAACAUCCAAGUUGGACCAUCUCAAUUCGCACAUUUGGGAAUCGAAGAAAGAUCCUUCACUCGAUCUCAGUGUACACACAUCAACUGUAACAAUCACUACGACCCUGUAUCCUUCUCCCUCCCCCGUCGAGGUUCCACCCGCAGAAGACACACAGACGCCGACCACUGCUGCAGAAACUCUUACACCCUCACCUUCGUUGUCACGGGUGGCAGAGGAGGCUCCGAUAGAUUCACCGGACGAAGGCCCGUCCUCUGUGAUUCCUCCUCACACCCAACCUACUUUGACCCUAAAAUCGGAGAAUCCUCAUUCGUCACCCACACCUGUUAUACCGACAUCGAAUUCCUUGCAGGGCUUCCAACUCUACUUCCAAUUUCCAUGGUUGAACCGCGACUCUGCCGAGCUGGACAAGGUGGUCGAUGUUAUGAAACGUGGGUUUGGGACACUGUGGAGGUACCUUAGGGUGGCGUACCAUUACCCGCUUCCACCUCCUUGA